AUGGCCGACCCCAAAGUGAAGUCAGAUGGAGAUGCCCCUCCUGAUGACCUGAUGACCCGCAUUGAGCAACGUCUCAGCAGCGAUCAUGCUGCUUCUGAGAAGGGCCACAUUGAGCAUAUCAAUCUCAACAAGAACACCACUGCAAAGAUCAAGAACCCUCUCGCAGACCUGACCCCCGACCAGGUUCUUCGAGAUGUCACGGACUUUGCCAACGAGCAUGAACUCAUUGAUAUUCUUCCGCAUCUUCGGAAGGGUGCUCUUAUUGCUAGAGACCCAGACAACUUUCGAACAGUUGAUGGCAUGACUGACGCUGACAUUACCGUCAUUGAUAACGAAACCCUUCACAAAUGGCGCCAUCCCUGGCCGCUCUAUUUCACUAUUGGACUUUGCUCCAUCGGGGCUGCUGUUCAGGGAUGGGAUCAAACUGGAAGCAAUGGUGCCAAUCUAUCCUUCCCCGAUGCCUUAGGUAUCUCGGAAAAGGGUCCAGACGGGGCCAGAAACCAGUGGCUUGUGGGUGUGGUGAAUUCCGCACCUUACCUCGCAACUGCAUUCCUCGGCUGCUGGCUCUCGGAUCCCUUGAACAAGUACUGGGGCCGCCGUGGUGUUAUCUUCAUUUCUGCCAUCUUCUGUUUGUUGACCCCCAUCGGCUCCGCGGUGUCUCAAACCUGGCCCCAGUUAUUCAUUACUCGCAUCUUGAUGGGUAUCGGAAUGGGCUUGAAAGGAGCCACAAUCCCUAUUUAUUGCGCCGAGAACACCCCCGCAAACGUGCGUGGUGGCCUGGUGAUGUCCUGGCAAUUGUGGACGGCGUUCGGGAUUUUCCUUGGGACUUGCGCCAACCUUGCCGUCAAAGACACCGGCUCUAUAUCUUGGCGCUUGCAGCUUGGAUCUGCUUUCAUUCCAGCCCUUCCUCUGACACUUGGCGUGUUCUUUUGUCCAGAGUCUCCCCGUUGGUACCUUAAAAAGGGGUCGGUCAGGAAAGCAUACCAGUCACUGUGGAAGCUGCGCAACAGUGAGUUGCAGGCAGCCCGCGAUCUCUAUUAUAUUUAUACUCAGAUUAAGCUCGAAGAAGAGAUCACUGUCAAGGGAACCUACCUAACCCGCUUUAGCGAGCUUUUUACUAUCCCGCGUGUCCGUCGCGCAACCCUUGCUGCGUGGACAGUCAUGCUCGCCCAGCAGAUGUGCGGUAUCAAUAUCGUGGCCUUCUAUUCCUCGACCAUUUUUGCCCAAGCAGGCGCAAGUGUAAAUGAAGCACUAUUAGCCUCGUGGGGGUUUGGUCUGGUUAACUUUCUAUUCGCCUUUCCAGCUGUGUUCACCAUUGAUACCUACGGACGCAGGGCCCUGCUCUUGUUUACUUUCCCGCAGAUGGCUUGGACACUAUUGGGCGCAGGGUUUUGCUUCUACAUUCCGGUAGGACAGGUCGCACAUCUAGCCUGCGUUGCUCUCUUUGUAUUCCUUUUCGCGGCGUUCUAUUCGGUCGGCGAAGGCCCCGUUCCUUAUGCUUAUUCAGCGGAGGUCUUUCCCUUAUCGCAUCGCGAGGUCGGUAUGUCUUUUGCUGUGGCAACAUGCCUCUUCUGGGCCGCUGUGCUCAGUAUAACUUUCCCACGAAUGCUAACGGUUAUGACCCCCACCGGUGCUUUCGCUUUUUAUGCUGGCUUGAACGUCACUGCAUGCAUCAUGAUCUUCUUCUUAGUCCCGGAGACUAAACAGCGCACCCUGGAGGAGCUGGACUAUGUGUUCGCUGUUCCCACCCGUAUGCACUCUAGUUACCAGGUCAGAAAGGUGCUCCCAUACUGGGUGAAAAGAUAUAUCUUGAGACAAAACGUGGAGCUGGACCCUUUGUACCAGUUCGACCAUGUGGAUACCCGAACCUAGUGGACCAGGUAGUACCUAAUACCUCCCAUAUUGAGAGUAAUACCUUGUUAUCUUACAGUGGUGGGAGACUGAGGAGAUUUACCAGUGGUUUCGAUUUCAGCAUUUUCUGUGUUUCCAAUAGGAUCUUAAGGUGUGUAUGUACCAAAUGGGGAUGGCUGUGAGGUUAAG